CAGGGCGGCUCCCAGACGCGCUGCUCCCGGCCCGGCCACCGGGGUCCCCGUGCGUCCCCAUGUCCUCCGCGCCGCUGCGCUCGCCCGCCCUGCGGCCCCACAGGAUGAAGAAGGACGAAUCGUUCCUCGGCAAGCUGGGCGGCACGCUGGCGAGGAAGAAGAAGGCCAAGGAGGUGAGUGACCUCCAGGAAGAAGGGAAGAAUGCCAUCAACUUGCCCAUGUGCCCCGCUCCAGUGGAAGUCCACCCUGAAGACUCCCUGCUCGAGGAGAAUGAGGAACGCACGGUGAUCGACCCCACCUCCAGGGACGACCCCAGAUUCAAGGAGCUGGUCAAGGUCCUCAUCGACUGGAUCAACGACGUGCUGGUGGAGGAGAGGAUCAUCGUGAAGCAGCUGGAGGAGGACCUGUACGACGGGCAGGUGCUGCAGAAGCUGCUGGAAAAGCUGGCAGACUGCAAGCUGAACGUGGCCGAGGUGACCCAGUCAGAAAUCGGACAGAAGCAGAAGCUGCAGACGGUGCUGGAGGCGGUGCAGGAGCUGCUGCGGCCCCAUAGCCGGCCGCUCCAGUGGACCGUGGACUCGAUCCACGGGAAGAAUCUAGUGGCUAUCCUGCACCUCCUCGUGGCCCUGGCCAUGCACUUUCGGGCCCCGAUUCACCUCCCGGAACACGUCUCCGUGCAAGCGGUGGUCGUGCGGAAACGGGAAGGCCUGCUGCACUCCAGCCACGUCACCGAGGAGCUGACGACGACCACUGAGAUGAUGAUGGGGCGCUUUGAGCGGGACGCCUUCGACACGCUCUUCGACCACGCCCCCGACAAGCUCAGUGUUGUGAAGAAGUCUCUCAUCACGUUUGUGAACAAGCACCUCAACAAGCUGAAUCUGGAGGUGACGGAACUGGAGACCCAGUUUGCAGAUGGCGUGUACCUGGUGCUGCUCAUGGGGCUCCUGGAAGAUUACUUCGUACCCCUGCACAACUUCCACCUGACCCCUGACAGCUUCGAUCAGAAGGUCCACAACGUGUCAUUUGCCUUUGAGCUGAUGCUGGACGGAGGCCUUAAGAAGCCCAAGGCUCGCCCUGAAGAUGUGGUGAACCUGGACCUCAAAUCCACCCUGCGGGUUCUUUACAACCUGUUCACCAAGUACAAGCACCUGGAGUGACAGCAAGGAGCCGCAGUGAUCUCAGCGGGGACCGCGCUUCGGGUGGUGCCCCGGCCUCCUCUCGCAGCCCGUGGUUGCUCCCCACCCCACCCCCCUUUUUUUUUCUGGUAGAUUCUCUUCACCUCCUUUCCUUUUAAUUCCACAGUGGGCGGCAUCCCUAGAAAUGCAGGUUCCAAACACCAGUGCUUUUCAAGUUUGCAGCCUUGCCUCACCUGGAGUGCCACAGGGGGCCAAGUCAAUUGUUAAUCAAAAGAUGGAAAAGAAAAAAAUCCGGAACCCCUACCCUCAGCCCCUGGGAUGCGGGGGCGGGGUGCCUGGCGUUCCAGCUGACAGCCGUCAGUGAUCACAAGUCAUCAGAAACACACUGCAGCGUUGCAGCAGGGGCGAUGGCUCUACUCUCCUGGUGGCAUCUCCUGGGCAGGACUCUCCUGGGCAGCCAGGCCUUUUUACAAAAAAGCAUUUUUCAGUUUGAAAAAAAAUUCCCUCGGAGCUCCUGGAAGCCUCAGCUGUGACCGGAGUGUCCAGUCACAUCCUUACUCCUGGUCUGCCCCAUGCGGCUUGCAUUUCGCUUUUGCGCAGACGUCUGGGACCCAGCGGACCCAGCGGCCACAGUCCGUAGGAGGAAGGGUUUCUGAGGCGUUUCUUCAUCUCUUGCUGCGGCUGAGUGGGCUGUGUCGGAGCUGGCUCUAAAAGGCAGCUGGAGACAGCUCCGCUGGGAAGUCUCCAAUCCCAGAGGCCCUGUUUGAGGAUGGAUGUCUUUCCAAAAACCUUUGGAAAGCAGGUGUUUCCGUUUGCAGGGGCUGCCGUAACAGAGUGCCGCGGGUUGGGGGCUGGGUUAGGGCACGGACGCUCAGUGUCUCAGCUCUAGAGGCUGGAAGUCGAGAUGGUGGUGUCAGCGGAGCUGGUGCCUCUGGAGCCUUCUGGACUUGUGGAUGGGCACCGUCUUCCCUCGCUUCCUAUGCUUCCCCCCGUCUGUGAGUCUGCGUCUCAUCUCUUAUAAGGACACCAGGCAGAACGGAUUGGGGUGGACCCUAAUGACCUCACAGUACCUUAAUUACCUCUGCGAAGACCCCUGUCCCCAAAUACCAUCACCUGCUGAGGUCCUGGGGGUUAGGACUUCAAUAUGUGGGUCGGGUGGGCCACAGCUCAGCCCAUAAGAGGGGAGGUGAAGUGUUCACCUCUGUCCUCCGCGAGUCCCAGCUUUCUGCAGCCUGUGGCAUCCUUGGGGCGCCCUGUUGAAGGAAAUGCGGUUCCUCACUUGUGUGCUCUUCACCCCUUGCCCGCCUCAUCUCGGGAGAGAAAGGGGCACCCCCAGGCUGGGUCUCAGGCGGGUCUUCUGCUAGGUCACCCCCACCCCCACCUCGCUGCAGAGCCGGGGUUUUCAUGACACCUGGACCCCCGAGUUUGCUCAGUACCCUGGCAACAUGGGGCUUUCUCUUCUGUGAUAUUCACCUUCCCCACUGUAGGUCAGAGCUGUUGAGCACAUCGUUAAUAUUACAUUGCGUCCCAGUGCUCAGGACUUAAAGAACAGCUGCCUGUUCUGCCUGGGCUCGGGUGGCUGCCAGCCUGGGGCUGGGUUCAGAACAGCCAAUUUGAUGGAGGAGGUUACCCAGCAGGGGAAAGAAAUAAUUAAAACGGCAUUACAGCGUCUCCUGCGGGAGGCGGUGACAUUAAAGACCCACGUUGACAAGAUAGCCGAGGCUGGAAUAUUCUGUGCUGCCUCAUUACACGUGUGGAGCCAUGGUGCCAGGGAGGCGGAGGCCCCUCCACCUGCCGUGGGCACUCGUGGGCCU